GGGUGUAAUACAGGAUUCUGUAUCAAUGAAUGGCCCUUCAUUUCCAACCGUAAUCAAUCUAGCCACGCGCCUACCAUAUCAAUAUGAUGAUGACGCUCGUUCGGUGUUUCAUGGGCUUUGGACGACUUUAUUCGAACUGGCAAUUGCAUCCUCGUGUGGAAAGGUCAUGCGCCCCCACCCCACCCCUCCUCCCCCCCCUUCCCCGUCGCCACCGCAAAAUACGCGCCUUUUUUUGCAUACGGGAGGACGGGCGACUUGGACCCCCUGACUUGAAUCGUACCCCUGAGAUUGGCGUGCAAGCUACUUUGGUGGCCCUUAGUUUCCAAGCUCCGGCAUGGCCUAUUUUCCUCGGUGAUGGCCGACCCUGUGCACCCUGUGGGCUGCGUUUUCUCCGAAUACAUUGGAGGGGAAAAGAGUAAUUAUUAAUAGAGUACGAAGACGCUUGGCAUGUGUUCGCCUGCUAGGCAUUGCCGCUUUGAGGACAUGCGAGGACGUCAGUCAGC